ACUUUUCCAACGCACCUGAUCGAGUUACAAUGGCCCGGGGUAACCAGAGAGACCAGGCCCGUGAACGGAGACAGAAAGAAGACGCGAAGAAGAAAAAGCCAACCACUCUUUCUGCGGGUGGUUUACAGGCAAAAAAAGAGCACGACGCUGAAAAGAUGCGAGAGAAACAAAGACUGGCCGCAGAACGCCAAGCAGCUGGGGCUCCGACAAAGAAAUAAAUAUGCCCCGUCUAUAUAUCACGAAGAGGAAGACCAUACACUUCCGCGAGAUGCUUGUCUAUACGUCGGAUGAUUUAUCGCAUCGGGGCCUCGUUCACCAUACCCCGUAUAUCUAUAUACGUUCAUUUUGGAAACCGACUCGGUUCUGUUAGACGACGGAUGGUUCUUGCUUUGGUCAUAUUUACAGAGUAGCACUGCGGCGUCACUUAACUACAACCGUGAGGCCUUCGGCCUUUUCGGGUGGGUUGAGCGUUGUUGCAACGUGUGAUGAGAGCAUGGUAUUUAGCAAGGCGUUUAUUUGACUCGACAAAGUUCGAGUUUUGCAUAUAAAGAUGGCGCAUGGGGCUUGCACCAGAUUAUAACCCUACCAUAGAUGGGUGUACAAAGUAUAAACAAAUCAUGACAACAUAC